GCACUUUGCCACCGGUUUUGCUCCGCCUUGGAGGACCGCAGCCGGCUGUCCAGCAUGCAAGGGUGUUGAAGACCUGGGGCCAACGCCGCGACGACGCGCUGCUCACGGGAAGGCUCCCCUUCGCCGCGCAACAGAGCCAACAGAGAACCGACACUGCACCAUGCGGUGGAACCCCGAUCUCCUCGGCGUGGUCGCGCCGUUCGUAAAACUGGAAGACAUAGGCCGCUUCGCUGUUGCGUCCCGGGAUAUUGAUGAGGCGCUGCGCCAGCCCGACGAGCGCGCCGCCGUCCUCGCGCACCUGGGCACGGCCGAGGUGCGCGCCGCGGCGUCGCUCGAGCACGCGGCCCUCGCCGAGGCGACGCGCGCGUGGCGGCCCGUAGGUGCUAAUCGAAGACGGGUGGCCCACUUGGUCGUGGACAACGACGCGCGUGAAGUAAAUGCGCGCUGCGCCGAGGUCGCCUCCUUACUGCGGCGCCACCCGCGGGCGACGUGCCGCGUCGAGGCGCACGCCGGCGCGGAUCUCCAGCCGCCCGUUUUAGCGUUCGCGCUGGCGACGGCGCGGGCACGCCUCGUGCGCGACCGGCUCGUCGCGGCCUUCGCGCGCCUCGGUAUUAACCAGAGACGCGUCGAGCUCGCGAGCAUGCGGCCGCGCGCGCCGGCGACGCGCGUUGAGGUCUACCUGCGCCUCCGCGACCAUGGGAUAGAGGUCGAGGUGCCCGCGCGGCCGACGGACGGCGCGCCGCCGCACGCGCUGACGCGGCUUGUGCCCCGCGUCUGGCGGCGGCGCCGGGCCUGGCCGCUGUCACGCAUGUACGCCGUGGCGACGAAGUGGCUCGGGAAGCCGUCGGGCGUCCUACGAGUGUAA